UCAAUGUGAUCUUCGCUCCGCCCUGUGGAAUCGGCUGAGGCUAGGAUAGCGACACAAAAAGGGAUAGAUGGCCCGUGAUCUCUAUUUUUGCCUCUCAGUUCCUAGUGUUUCUGAAUCUUCCACCUAUGUGCGGUAUCUUUGCCUACGUUGGAGACCGUCAGGCUCUUCCUUGUCUCAUCAAGGCGUUGAAGCGUUUGGAGUACAGGGGUUACGAUUCGGCAGGUGUGGGAAUUCAUAAUGGUAAAGAGUUGAAGAUUGCCAAGAAGGUCGGCAAGGUCGCUAACCUCGAGGCUUACUGUGGUGGUGUCAACAACCCGGAGUACGCCGGUACCAUGGGUAUUGCUCAUACCCGUUGGGCUACCCAUGGCGCUCCCACCGACGCCAACGCUCAUCCUCACUUUACCGAGGAUCAUAAGGUUGCUGUGGUCCAUAAUGGUAUCAUCGAGAACUACGCCAGUCUUCGUGAGGAGCUAAUCAGUAAAGGGUAUCAUUUCACUUCAGAGACCGACACCGAACUUCUCGCUCACUUGGUUGCUGAUGUUCGUAAGCAAAUGGGUCCCGAUCCUUCAUGGUCCGUUAUUGUUUCGUGUGCCUUGAGUCUCGUUACUGGUGCCUACGGUGUUGUCUUCACGUUUGAAGACGAGCCUGACUUGUUGAUCGGUGCUCGCAAGGGUUCUCCUCUUAUUUUGGGUGUUGGCGAUGGUGAGUACAUGCUUGCCUCCGAUGCCUCUGCGGUUGUCGAGUACACUAAGGAUGUUGUUUACAUUCGUGAUGGUGAGCUUGUUGAGGUCCGCAGGUCGGGUUAUCGUCUUCGAAGCAUUGAUGCAAUCAGCACCCGCCAAGUUUCCGUCGAUGAGGAUAUUAACAACAAUCCCUUGGUUCAGUUGGAGCUCAAUCUCGAGCAGAUCGAAAAAGGUGGUUACUCCCAUUUCAUGCUCAAGGAGAUCAUGGAUCAGCCACGCUGUCUCGAGAACUCUUGUCGUGGUCGGCUCUACAAGGUCAACUCGGAUGACACGACCCACGGUUCCAAUGGGGUCUCUUCCAAAUGGGGAAUUCGUUUGGGUGGUUUGGACACUACCGUGCGCGGCACCGAUCAAACUGCGUUGGAUGCUAUAUGCGGGGCCGAUCGUAUUAUCAUCUGUGCCUGUGGUACUUCGUGGCACUCCGGCCUCAUUGGAGAGUAUCUCAUCGAGCAACUAGCUCGUAUCAACGUUGAAGUUGAGUAUGCCUCGGAGUUCCGCUAUCGCAACCCUCUUCUAACUUCUAAGGAUGUUGUUAUUGUGAUCUCACAGUCUGGUGAAACUGCUGAUACCCUCGAGGCCGUCCGUAUUGCCCGUGAGUAUGGUGCACUGUCUAUCGGUAUCGUCAACACAGUCGGCUCCACCAUUGCGCGUGACACUGAUGCUGGAAUCUAUCUUCAUGCUGGCCCGGAAAUUGGCGUAGCAUCCACGAAGGCCUUCACUUCACAAGUUAUGGUUCUCACUCUGCUGUCUCUUCGCUUGGCUCUUGCUCGUGGUACGAUUGAUACGGAGUAUUUUGACACCUUAUGUGAGCAACUGUCUCGUUAUCCCGAGAUCAUCCAGCGAGUGCUCAAGUUGAGCUCACAGGUGAAGAACCUGUCGAGGUAUUUCCGGCUAGCAAGCAACUUCCUAUUCCUCGGGCGUGGUAUUCACUACCCUGUCGCUUUGGAAGGCGCGUUGAAAUUGAAGGAGAUUUCCUACAUUCAUGCCGAGGGUUAUCCUGCUGCUGAGAUGAAGCAUGGUCCUAUCGCAUUGAUCGAUCGCAUGAUGCCCGUUGUUUGCAUUGCCCCUAAGAGUGAUCCGACUUACGAUAAGGUUAAGGCGAACAUCGAGGAGGUCAAAGCUCGUAAUGGUGAUCUGCUUAUCAUUACCGAAGAGGGUAACCAUGACUUGGACAAGUUCGCCGGAGACAAGGAUUUCGUUAUCCGUGUGCCGACGGUGGAUAUUGUCUUACAGCCUAUUGUUACUACAAUACCGUUGCAAAUGCUCUCCUAUUACGUUGCUGACCUCCGUGGUUGCUCCAUCGAUCAGCCUCGUAACCUCGCUAAGUCGGUCACCGUCGAGUAGGAUCGUUAUUAUUAAGUCAAUCGUUUUCUUUUUUGUUCUAUAGCUUCUCACCCUAUGCUGUCAUCUUCGGUGGCAUCAUGGUGUGUUUGAGACAUAGAUUACUAUCUAGUCGUAUCCUUAGAUGGAGGGCAUCUUGGACUCAUUUUGCCUGUAAACGGGCCAAAAUCGGUCAUAUACGCUGUAAAUGAUAAUCAUACUACGAUAGAUUG